AUGCCUCGCUCUGGUUACAAUCACAACAAAACGACCAAUGGGGAUGGGAUGACACAUCGACCAUUGUUCUGGUAUUGCAAUUGACCAAUGACAAUUGGUUUAACAGAGAGAAUUUGGAAAGUCAAUUAAAUGUUAAACAACUUGAGAUUGAAAUGCUUUCUCAUCUCCGGAUGUGUAUGUACAAUAGUACGAGCGGUGCCGAACAAUCCACCGAUCUGCCGGCUGGAAAUCUUGCCUACUACGUUCUGGCUCUUUAUUCCACCUGCCACGAUGUCUCCGAUUUUUACGGUCAUGAUUUACUUCAACUUCUGAAACAGAAAAUGCACAAUUUCCCAGUUGAGAGCUUCAGCAAUCCAUUUCAAUACAGCCUAGCACUGUUGGCUCUUUGCAAUGCCGAGUCGUAUAUCGACAGUUCCUUUGUUAAUAUGUUUAAAGGACUACAGGAUGAUGACGGCAGCUAUUUCUAUGGUGACGUAGAUACAACAGCAAUGGCCGCCAUGGCUUUGACGUGUAUGUCGCAUAUGGCACAGUUUGUGAAUGAUGCAACUAUAAAUGCAACACUAGAUGGAUGUGUCGAUUAUCUACGCAGUCGUCAAGAGCCAAGUGGUAAUUAUGCAAAUAUAUUUGCAUCAGCUUUGUCUGAUCAG